AUGAUUAAUUUCUUUGAUUUGUUUUUAAGUGAUUUCUUGACUUCACUUCGUCUCUUUUGCAAGGUAUGGGACGAACAAACGACUCUGCAGGCACUGCUCGAGCACGUACGAGCAAUUCCGGGGCACUGCCAAAAGAAGAUCCUAACAAAACUUCUUGUUACCGACAUAUGGGAUAAGGAGGACACAAAGCUAUUGGCAGCUUUGAAACAUAUUGAUGUGAGGCCAACGCGAGUUGCUUGCAGACCUUCUCUACAGGUACUUGGCCUGUACAAUGAUGUCGUGACGGUGUUUCAAACACACGGUAUGGGAUGGUAUCGGGAAAUAGAUGAGGAUGUAUAUCCUAAACUUGUGAAGGAGUUCAUUGCCACAUGUCGCCUCACGUACGCAAAUCCAGAGAACCCAAAAGCGAGUCAAGGAACACUCACAUUCUUUCUCAACAAAAAACAUUACAACAAGACAAUGUUUGAGAUCUACGACAUGUAUGGAUUUACGAAAGGAGAAGCGGUUGAGUUUUCAAAGUUGUCUCCUACGCAUAUUACUUCACUUCUCUCCACGACAAACCCAGUGUUCGAACAUAACGAGCAGUACCUUGUUCCUGACCCUUCUAAGACCGUUCCUCGACGACGCCGGACUGCAGAGGCUCAGCCUACAGAUGAGCAUGUUAUCAGUAACGAUGAGAUUUAUGAGGAUUAUGCUUAUCCCACAUCUCUCGCGCACGCUCAGCCAUAUUUGUUGCUCCCUGAGGAUCCAACACCGUACCGCGUUUCACCACCACCAGCAGGUGACGAUAUCUCACAGCAGAUGGCAUGGAUGAUAGCAUUGACAAGGAAGAACAACAGUAUGAUGCACAAGAUGUGGAGAGCCAUUUCUAGGAUCAGGCCUUGUGUAUGUACUCGCAGAGGAGGAGUGGAUGAUGCAAACCGUGAGAACCAGUCUAAGACUAUUGAGGAUCGACAUGCAGAGAGGUUGGUCCCUGCUGCUGGACCUAGUGGAGCUUCUACCUCGCAGCCACCACCAGAGCACUCCCAGGCCGUCGCUUAG